UCAGAACCUCCGCGUCGCGUCGCGCCCCGGUGACGCGGCUCUCGGGCCCGUUGUCUGGGCGUCUGAGAGUGGGGGCCCGGUGCCGGCCGGGCUUCCUUGAGUGCGGGGCUCUCAGGGGCGGCGGCGGAGCUUGGACAUGGCGCUGAGGGGCCGUUCCAGGGGAAGAUGAAUAAAGGCUGGUUGGAGCUGGAGAGCGACCCAGGCCUUUUUACCCUGUUGGUAGAAGAUUUUGGUGUUAAAGGUGUACAAGUUGAGGAGAUCUAUGAUCUUCAGAGCAAAUGCCAGGGUCCAGUGUAUGGCUUCAUCUUCCUCUUCAAAUGGAUCGAAGAACGUCGGUCUCGUCGCAAGGUCUCCACCCUAGUGGACGAGACUUCUGUGAUCGAUGAUGACAUAGUGAAUAACAUGUUCUUCGCCCAUCAGCUGAUUCCCAACUCCUGUGCCACUCAUGCCUUACUGAGUGUCCUUCUGAACUGUAGCAAUGUGGACCUGGGCCCAACGCUGAGCCGUAUGAAGGAUUUCACCACGGGCUUCAGCCCAGAGAGCAAGGGAUAUGCCAUUGGGAAUGCUCCAGAGUUGGCCAAAGCACAUAAUAGCCAUGCCAGGCCUGAGCCACGACAUCUGCCAGAGAAGCAGAAUGGGAUCAGUGCUGUGCGGACGAUGGAAGCAUUCCAUUUUGUCAGCUAUGUCCCCAUUAAGGGACGUCUCUUUGAGCUAGAUGGGCUGAAAGUGUACCCCAUCGAUCAUGGGCCCUGGGGGGAAGAUGAAGAGUGGACAGAUAAAGCCCGACGAGUCAUCAUGGAACGGAUUGGCCUGGCUACAGCAGGGGAGCCAUAUCAUGACAUCCGAUUUAACCUGAUGGCGGUAGUGCCCGACCGCAGGAUCAAGUACGAAUCUAAGCUGCACGUCCUGAAGAUGAACCGACAGACGGUGUUGGAAGCCUUGCAGCAGCUGAUCCGAGUGACUCAGCCAGAACUGAUUCAAACCCAGAAGUCCCAAGAGUCUCAGCCCCCUGAGGACUCCAAGCCGGCCUCCUGCAAGCCCUCUCUGGUGCUUGAAACAAGCAAGACCCCACUGGCCUCUGAGGGUUCUCAAACAGAGGGAACUGAAGAGGUAGCGGGACCUUGCCAGCCAGCCCCCACACAUAGCCCACCCAGCAAACCCAAGCUCAUAGUGAAGCCUCCAGUCAACAGUCUCAACGGAGUCCCAGCAAAUCCCAGUCCCAUUGUUCAGCGGCUCCCAGCUUUCCUGGAUAACCAUAACUAUGCCAAGUCUCCCAUGCAAGAAGAAGAGGACCUGGCAGCAGGUGUGGGCCGCAGCCGGGUCCCAGUUCGUCCACCACAACAGUACUCAGAUGAUGAGGAUGAUUAUGAUGAGGAAGAGGAAGAGGAUGUUCGGAACACAAAUUCUGCCAUCAGGUACAAGCGGAAAGGGCAGGUCAAGCAGGAGCCCUUGCCUCCCUCCUCCGAUGGGCAGCUCUGUGUCCUGCAGCCCAACACCAUCAACGUACUGGCUGAGAAGCUUAAAGAGUCCCAGAAAGACCUCUCAAUUCCUCUGUCCAUCAAGACUAGUGGGGGGGCCGGGAGCCCAGCGGUAGCCGUGCCCUCUCACUCUCAGCCUUCGCCCACCCCCAGCAACGAGAGCACCGACACAGCAUCUGAAAUAGGGAGUGCCUUCAACUCCCCACUCCGCUCCCCUAUCCGUUCUGCCAACCCCACCCGCCCCUCCAGCCCCGUCACCUCCCACAUCUCCAAGGUGCUUUUUGGGGAGGACGAUGGGUUGUUGCGAGUGGACUGUAUGCGCUACAACCGGGCUGUACGCGACUUGGGGCCCAUCAUCAGCACAGGCCUUCUGCAUCUCUCAGAGGAUGGGAUGCUGUGUCCUCUCACCAUCACAGGUGGGAAAGGCUCCUCGCCGCCUGCCAGACAGAGCCAGACCACCCAGAUCGGCGUCGCCCUGGAGGAGAAGGAGAUGCCUGAACCGAGUGACAGAGAGAAAGCCGGGCUGAGCCGGCCCCCGGAGCAGAUGUGUGGGGAGAAGUAUUCCCCCAAAGAGCUGCUGGCACUGCUGAAGUGUGUGGAAGCAGAGAUUGCAAACUAUGAAGCCUGUCUCAAGGAAGAGGUGGAGAAGAGGAAAAAAUUUAAGAUUGAUGACCAGAGAAGAACCCACAACUACGAUGAGUUCAUCUGCACAUUUAUUUCCAUGCUGGCUCAGGAAGGCAUGCUGGCCAACCUCGUGGAGCAGAACAUCUCCGUGCGGCGACGACAGGGCGUCAGCAUUGGCCGGCUCCACAAACAGAGGAAGCCUGACAGACGGAAACGCUCCCGUCCUUACAAAGCCAAGCGGCAGUGAGGGACCUCCCGGCCCAGGGCUGGGCCUUCCAUGUGCUCCCCUAAUCAGAGGGCGUUUUGAGGGCACGCAGCUGAGAGCGGCCCCCACCUAUUCUCCUCCCCUUGGACCCAGUAUUACUGUACAGUUUAAAGUGGGAACAUCAUUCCCAAGUGGACAGGUGAAGGUUCCCGUGUGUUGGUCGAACUACAGACCUCCCACUGAUCCUUUAGAAAUAAGGGAGACUUCUUGGUCACAUGGCUCUCUAAGCCUCUCCCUGUUGACCUGAGGAUACUUAAAUCAGUACUUAAAUUCUCAGCUUUUGGAGGGUUGGAGCUGGGAGUGGGGAUUGGGCAGGUCAGCCAGAGAUUGUCGAAAAGUCAGUGCAGGGACCCUCAGGAAGCAGCAGCUGAAGUUGGUGUAGUGGGAACUCUUCCUGUGGGAAUACCCUCUUUUUCUCCCUAUGUCAUCUGAGCCUGCCCACAGCUGGCUGUGGAUCAUCCACCCCAAAGGGUACAUGGACCCCAUUGACAACCGGGGCCUUGACUCCCUGCCUCAGUGACAGCAGAAUAUAUAUUUUAUAUAUGAGAAAUGUCUAUUUUUUUCUUGGUUCUGACUAAUCUUGCCACCAUUGUAUUGAAUACCACUGCCUCCUACACAGCAGCCUUCUGGACAUAGCUUGUCCAGAUCUGGCUCUCCAUCCCUUCCCCUGGCUUUCUUCCUCAUCCAUUUUCUCUGUGUGUGUGUGUGUGUGUGUGUGUGUGCUCCCCUAAACCCUGUCUGGGGAGCUGGAGGGCAGAGCUGGGACUUCAGGGUCACAACCACUUACCUCCUGGAUGUGUGACCAGGGCCAGAGGUGCUUUUGCCCAGGUUCCCCCAUUCACCCCCAUAUGAGCCCAGCCCGGACCACACAAGCACUCCUGGUGAGAUCCCCCAACCGUCUCCUGGAGAGGUUGGGCCUGCACUUUUGCACAUCUGCUGUUUGUUUGAACUCCAAACUCAGGAAUCGAGGCUUGCUCAGGAUCAGUAUGAGAAGUAGGGCAGGUGGGGAGUGGCAGGAUUCUCUGGGUUUUAUGGAAAUGCAUAGCUUUGUUACUGAAUUGGUCUGAGCAGCUACUUGGACUGUCAAGUCUUAAGAGUGGAGCUAUUUUAAGUUUUUAGGUUCUUUUAAUUCCUAUAACUUGUUUUUCCUUUCCUGGCUUGGCCCAAAAAGGGAGUAUAUAUGAGGUCAAGGUGUUUGGGUUCUUUGGGCUCAGCUCCUCUGUCCUGUUAAGGCCUGCUGCAGUGGAGUUAGGCGUUGCUCCAGAAACACAUGGUGCCAAGGUGUCCCCAAGCCUUUUCUUUGGGGAGAAGGCUGAUUUUCAAAGUAUUUGCUGGCUUUCCUAGCCUUGAGCUUGCUGUAAUGGGACUGUGUGUGCAGGGGCUGUUCAAUCUCCAGGGUGGGUGGAGACUUGGACGGGUUUCUGUGGAGGCUCUGAGCAUGAUGUGCCCAUGCCUGCUAGUGUUAGAGAGGUGCCCUCCCUCAGCAAGCCUGCUGGGAGAGCAGAGGUAGCUCUCUGGGGAGCAAGGUGGAGUGACAAGUUAUCAGGCUGUUGGUGCUGAGGGAACUUGUGGGGGCUGUUUCUCUUUCCUUCCUGAGCUUAGCACCCCGUAUAGGAGCAUAAAGUAGGGGAAGACUGGCCACCUGCCUGCUUCCAUUUUAUGGGCAUUUUCCACUUGGGCCUAAGCUACCCUGUGCCGGGCCUAAGCUACCCUGUGCCCUGAGACGACUUAGAGGCAAAGUCCUAUUGCCAUUUGGGGACCAGUCUCUGCCCUUUCCCACCCUCCAGAGUCUGUUUGCUUCUUUGUGACCAUGGUAGCUGUUGCUACCCCAACCCUGUCUCUUCCCACCCCUCCCUUUACCUGUUUCCCCCUCUCUCUAAGGGCCCCUGGGAGAAAGUGAAGGUCCCUUCUUUAUAUACCACAAUUGCCAUUUUAAGUUGUGGUAGGGCAGAUGAAUUUCUUCUCCUUCUGCUUGCACUGAAUUUCAGAAGAGACAGGAAUCAACUUGAAAUAAAAUGUAGGUGUCUUGGGGAAGGUUAACUGAAGCUAUUGUAUAUAAGAGACCUGGGCAGGCUGGGGCUUGGGCCACCCCUUGCCUGUUGCCUGUCCAUCCUUGUAAAUAAAUACCAGUCUUGCCUGAAUGAAUAAAAGUUUUCCUGUAACUUAUAUGCUCUGUGUUGGCUGAAUAAAGAACUGUGUACUGUGCUGUG